AUGGAGCGUUUCUUGCAGGAUCUUCCCAACGCCGAACAACCACCCCAAGAAUUUCCGCCACAGUACCACACCGGUCGAAUGCCGAACAGCAAGGCUGGCGAUGGAAAGCCACGGUUGCUCCUGAUGGGCCAGAGGAGCUCCUUCAUGGAUUUCCAAGUCUGGGAUCUGCCCGGUCACCUGGACUACUUUGACCCGGCUUUUGACACAGACAAUAUCUUUGAAGAGAUCGGAGCGUUGAUCUGGGUGAUUGAUGCACAGGACGAAUAUCUUGACGCAAUUCAGCGACUGAAUAUGACCAUUCUGAAUUUGCAACAAUCAUAUCCAAACAUCAAUAUCGAGGUUUUUGUCCACAAGGUGGACGGUCUGUCAGACGACUUCCGCGGCGACACGUUCCGAGACAUCAUCCAGCGCGUACAAGACGAGCUCAGCGACAAUGGCUACGAACAAGCCCCGAUCUCCUUCUACCAAACCAGCAUAUACGACCACUCCAUCUUCGAAGCCUUCAGCAAAGUCAUACAAAAGCUCAUACCACAGCUUCCGACUUUGGAAGCUCUGCUGAAUAACCUCUGCGGUGCCUGCAAUAUUGAGAAGGCGUAUCUCUUUGAUAUCAUGAGCAAGAUCUACAUUGCUACAGAUACAAGUCCUACUGAUAUAGCCACAUACGAAGUAUGCUCGGACUACAUUGACGUCGUCAUCGACGUGAGCGAAAUCUACGGAUGGGAUAGGCCUGAAGAAGCGCCCGACGAGAGCGAGACUGGCAAUAACGACGCAGAGAGCUUGAUCACCAUGGAGAAGAAGGGCAGCAGAUAUCUCUAUCUGCGCGAGAUCAACAAAUACCUCGCUCUUGUCUGCAUCAUGGGGCAAGAGCAUCCAGCUGAGAAAAAAGCAAUCAUUGACUAUAAUGUGGGCGUUUUCCAGGCAGGCCUCAAACAGGUCUUCCCUAAGAGUGACCGGGAGGCUCAGAUUGAGGUACGGGCCACCAAUGAUAGUUAGGAACCACCGCCGGUAGGGUCCCCGACUGCGGUACGGUCUCUGCGUUGUGUAUCGAUGCUGGAUCAGGCCCAGAAGAGUGGAAAGCAGAUGCCCGGGAAUGAGUGAGGGUACUGCUUUCAAGUUCUGUAUCAUACGCCAAGCCAGAGUUGUGUUGUACACCAUAAAGUGUUUAGCACACGCACAAACAAUUAUAUGAUGUGUUUCUCAUC